AUGCGGAACGACCAUCAGAAAGAUUUUCGGAAUAGGGCAUUCGUGACCGGAGGCAAGACGGGCCACGGUCGACAGCGGUCCGUGGACCUCAACAGCGUAAGAAGCGCUGCACAGGGGCAAGGCAGCAUGUCGGCGUCUACUACCCCGCCGUCAACCACCCCGCCCUCCGGCCUCCAGGCCCAGCCUGGUGAGAUCCUCCUUGACUUUGAGAGCAAGGAGGCAGCGGAAAAGGAGCUGCUGAUGCUGAGAAAUGUGGCGGCCAAGAAGGAUCAGGAGUGGGCCAACCUUAAGCUGGAGGCCUACCGGCACCGCGUCAUCCGGAAGGACAGCCGCAAGCUUGUUGACGAGCUUCACAUGGCGCAGAGACAGCUCUUAGAGGAGCAGGAGGCAGCCAAAGAGGCGCGCGCUGAGGCCGAGCGUUGGAAGGCCCAGGUGGAGCAAUACAGGCAUCAGGUGGAACACUUGCGCGCCUCCGCCGACAAAGCCGCGGGGCUCACGAAGGAGCUGAAAGAGGCCCAGGCGCAACAAGCGGCAUUGGAGGUUGAGACAAAGCAGUGGCGCGCCACGGCCGAGGAGCUGCGACGGAAGCUCGAGGCCGUGGAGAAAGAGAGAGAAGUCGACCUGCAAAUGCACAUGCAGCAGGCACAGAGCCAGCUCAGCCCUGCGAGCCACGGGCCAAAGGUGUCGGCGUCGCUCAAUGGCCACACUCCCCAGAAGGCGCCUUCGGCAGCCCAGUUGACUGAGAACUUCCACGAGAGAUCGGCCAAAGCAGGUCGCCCGAGGAAGAAUCUCCGCAUGGUUCCCAUGUUGAAUGGCAGCGUUGAGUUGACUCCCGGCAGUGUGACAAGGUACUGCGAUGCCCCGAGUUCCCAGGGUGCCGCGCCGUCGCACCCGCGGAGCCGUGAACUUGAUGAAGACGUGGGCGCUCUGUCUUAG